AUGCAGUCUCUUCUCCAUCACACACGAGCCCGGCUCGGCCGACGUGUAGCGUCCUUGCGCAUCUGCACGCCAGCCAUCCGCUGCCAUGCCUCGACCAACGCUCCCAGACGAUCCGAUGCGAGCCGUCUAGACCUGCCAGCCCUUGACGAGAAAUGGCGGAAGGCAUGGAAACAAAACGGCUCGGCUUCCAACCCCAACGGGACCUCUCUGACCAGCAACCGUGCCGCGUCGGCCCCUGCAGCUGGGCGGAACAUGUACAUCCUGCCCAUGUUCCCAUACCCGUCGGGCAACCUUCACCUGGGCCAUCUGCGAGUAUACACCAUUGCCGACGUCAUGGCCCGGUAUCAUAGAUUGCAAGGGAAGCAGGUCCUGCUGCCAAUGGGCUGGGAUGCCUUUGGUUUACCUGCAGAGAACGCUGCCAUCGAACGGGGCAUAGACCCAGCCGUGUGGACCAGAGACAACAUUGCUCGUAUGAAGGAGCAGCUGGGCGUCAUGAACGGUAGCUUUGACUGGUCGAGGGAAUUUGCGACCUGCGAUCCCGACUUCUAUGGCCAGACCCAGCGCAUGUUUCUCUUGCUCAUGGAGAAGGGGCUGGUCGAACGAAGGAAGGCCGAGGUCAAUUGGGACCCCGUGGAGAACACCGUGCUCGCCAACGAACAAGUGGAUGCCGCUGGGCGGUCCUGGAGGUCAGGGGCCAAGGUUGAAAAGAGGCAGCUCGAACAGUGGUUCUUUAGGAUCACCAAGUACCAGGAGUCCUUACAGGAAGACCUUGAAAAGCUAGCUCUCGAUGAUGCUUGGCCCGAGAUGGUGUUGACGCAACAGAGGAAUUGGCUUGGGCGCACCGACGGCGCGUAUUACCAGUUUGCUCUAAAACCCGACCUCCCUGACGUUGUGCAGCUGCCCAUUCUUGAAUCCUUGAAGGUCUAUACCACGCGGCCAGAAACUAUAUUUGCCGCUCAGUAUCUUGCCCUGUCGCCACAGUCGUCUUUGGUGCAAAGCCUGGCCGACCGAGAUGACAAGCUCCGUGCAUUCCUAGCCGAAGCCAAAGACCUGCCUCAUACCUCCAUGGCUGGUUAUAAAAUUCCCUAUCUGGCAGCUACCAGUCCCUUAGGCUCGCAUACGGGCGAAGCUAUACCCGUAUAUGUGGCCGCUUACGUCAGGGCAGACUACGAAACAGGGGCUCUCAUGGGCGUUCCGGCACACGACCUGAGGGACUUCAACUUUUGGAAAGAGCACUGUCCAGGUGAGCCCAUCAAACGUGCUGUUAGUCCAACAGAGGGCGAGCCUACUGUGAACUCUGGUGAGCCUUACCUGAGCGCGGGUUUCAUGACGUCUUUGGCGAAAUCCUAUGAAGGGCAGCCUUCUGAGCAGGCAGCCCAGGGGAUUGUUCAAGAAAUCGCGUCGGACUCCGGGUUGGCCGAACCCAUUGUCAAGUGGAAACUCCACGACUGGCUCAUCAGCCGCCAGCGUUAUUGGGGCACCCCAAUCCCUAUCAUUCACUGCGCGUCUUGCGGGCCUCAGCCUGUCCCUGACGAGGAGCUCCCCGUUGCACUCCCUCGGGUUGACCAUCACUGGGCUGAGGCGAGGACUGGAAACCCAUUGGAGACCGCGGAAGACUGGAUCAGGACGGAGUGCCCCAAAUGUCACGGCCCCGCCAGGAGGGAUACAGACACGAUGGACACAUUUGUUGACUCGAGCUGGUACUUUAUGCGAUUUGCUGACCCGACCAACUCCAAACUACCCAUAUCCAAGUCAGCGCUCCAAGAGAAUCUUCCGGUCGACCUGUACAUUGGGGGUGUCGAGCACGCCAUCCUGCACUUGCUUUAUGCCCGCUUCUUCUUCAAAGCUGUGGUCGACGCCCUUUACCCCGAAUAUGCCGCCGAGACUCAUCUCAUUGAGCCAUUUAAGCGACUCAUAACGCAGGGUAUGGUGCAUGGCAGAACCUACAGUAAUCCGGAAACAGGACGGUUUCUGAAGCCCGACGAAGUUGAUCUAUCUGACGCUUCAAAUCCCAAAGUCGUGGAAACUGGAGCGAAGCCCAACGUUACGUUCGAAAAGAUGUCCAAAUCCAAGCACAAUGGCGUGGACCCGACUACUUUCAUUGCGCAGUACGGGGCCGAUGCAACAAGAGCGCAUAUGCUCUUCCAGGCCCCUGUCAGUGACGUGGUCAACUGGGACGAAGACAAAAUUGCCGGCAUUACACGCUGGUUGAAACGGCUGCACAAAUUUGUUGCUGCUCUGUCGCCCGUCAAGGGAGGGCCCGCCUGGAACGGGAAAGAGUACUUUGGGAAAUCUACCGCGGGCUUUGACAGAGAGGCUACUUCGCAAUGGGAUGCAGACGUUGAUGUCUGGCGUGCCACUCAAAAGGGCAUUGCAGCAGUGACGCUGUCAUACGAGAAGGUUUAUGCAUUGAACACGACCGUCUCGCAUCUGAUGGAGUGGACCAAUGUCUUGUUGGAGUCACCAGCCUCUGAACUUGUCAAGAUCGAAUCUUCCAGCCGCCUAAUACACCUCAUGGCACCGAUUACGCCAGCCUUUGCCGAGGAGUGCUGGAGCUUGCUGCAUCCAUCUUCGGAUGGCAUCUUUGAGUCCACACAACGAAACUGGCCGGAGACCGACGGCACGCUCGAAAUGCUAGGGCAAAGUUACAUCCGAUGCGCUGUUCAGGUGAAUGGCAAAUUGCGGUGCGUCGUUGCGGUUUCGAAACCGCCGCAGGAGCUCAAGCAGGGCAGUCCGGAAUUCAGGGACUGGUUCGUGGAGCAGAUCAUGCAGUCUGAGGAGGCGCGCCACAAAGUCAUGAAGCCCGAAUGUGACAUCCGCGCGGCCAAGAAGGCUUUUGUCGUCAAAGGAGGGCAGACAGCUAAUUUUGUACUAUAA